GUCCGCGAGGAAAAAACGAAAGAGAUAUGGCUCGUAGCGGAAACCUCGUCCCGAUGUAAUAACAAUGCAUGAAAAGAUGCAACCUUGUCCGAUGAAAUUAACGCACAUUUUCGCGGUGCUGUUAAUUUAUCUUGCCCAAGGUGCUAUCGGUACCACAGACCCGAACGAUUUCAGGAUUCUAACCGAUUUCAGAAACGGGUUGGAAAAUCCGGAUCUUUUGAAAUGGCCCGGGUCGGGUGAUGACCCGUGUGGCCCUCCUGCAUGGCCUCAUGUGUUCUGCUCUAAUGGCAGAGUGACUCAAAUCCAGGUGCAGGGCGUUGGAUUAAAGGGCCCUUUGCCCCACAAUUUCAACCAAUUGGAUAAACUCCAAAACCUCGGUCUGCAAAGGAAUCAUUUCAAUGGAGAUCUGCCAUCUUUCAGCGGCUUAUCGAAUUUGCAAUACGCGUACUUGGAUUACAAUGAUUUCGAUACUAUCCCUUCCGAUUUCUUCAACGGGCUUCGUAAUGUGAGGGUUCUCGCUUUAGACGACAACCCAUUUAACAAGACUUAUGGAUGGAGUAUACCUAGCGACCUAGCCGAGUCGACUCAGCUGGUGAACUUUUCUUGCUCGAAUUGCAAUAUAGUCGGUGAAAUCCCCGAUUUUUUUGGGGGGUUUCGUUCUCUCAAUAUGUUGAGGCUCUCGUCGAAUAAGUUGAGCGGCGAAAUACCGUCUAGUUUUCGUGGCUCCACGUUGCAUGUUUUGUUGUUGAACGAUCAAGAAGGUGGUGGACUGAGUGGUUCUAUCGAUAUAAUCGCGACUAUGCUCGAGUUGACUCAAGUGUGGCUCCACGGGAAUCAAUUCACGGGUUCGAUUCCCGGUAAUAUCGGGAGUUUAACUUCUUUAAAAGAACUCAACCUCAAUAGAAACCGCUUGGUCGGCCUCAUUCCUAAAGGCUUGUCCGAUUUGAAUCUUGAAUCGUUGAAUUUGGACAAUAACAUGUUCAUGGGACCAGUACCACAAUUUAAAUCCGCGAAAGUUUCGUACGAUUCGAAUUCUUUCUGUGAAUCAAAUCCGGGUGGGCAAUGUGCUCCUCAAGUUAGUGCCCUUUUAGAUUUUCUUCACGAUUUGAAUUAUCCGGAAAAACUCAUUUCUCGAUGGACCGGUAAUGAUCCGUGUGAGGGUCCAUGGUGGGGUAUUUCUUGUAAUUCGAAAAACGAGGUUUCGAUAAUUAAUCUGAAGAAUCUUGGAUUAGAAGGUACACUUAGUCCUUCGCUCGCGGACUUACCUUCACUCCUCGAAAUUCACUUGGAGGGAAAUUAUCUCCACGGCGUGGUCCCCACGGAUCUAACUCUGCUGACAUCACUGCGAUUGUUGAAUUUAAGUGGGAACAAUUUCGAUCCGCCUGUUCCGGUUUUCAAAAACGGUGUGACGGUAGUAGUGAGCGGCAAUCCAAAACUGGAUCCCUCUUCACCGCCUUAUGUGGGCCCACCAGUGCGACCUUCUCCAAACGAACCACCAUCCAAUGGUGCAGAUUCUUCGGCUCGUAAAGGUUCCGGUUCUAACUCACACACUAAUGUAUAUAACGAGCCGAAAUCGAGAGUAGUGGCCAUUAUUUUGUCUGCAGUUGCAGUCUCUGCUUUUCUUGCAGUGGUACUAAUCGUUGUCUACUGUCUUAAGAAGAGGAAACAGACGCAAAAGAAGCCACGUGGCGGGAUUGUAAUCACUCCUCCUAAAGAAUUGCCGAAUUCCCAUAACGAAGUGAAGAUUGAAAUAAUCGAUGCGUUGUCUUCCUUCGAGGCUCAAAAUAAUAGCUACAAUACUAAUCCUACUACUAAUAAUAACACUCGAGUGAUUGAGGUUGAAAAUCUUGUAUUUUCGAUUGACGUAAUUCGCAAGGCAACGAACGAUUUCAGAAAAGAAAACGAGAUUGGGCGAGGAGGGUUUGGUGUAGUCUACAAAGGCGAACUCGAAAACGGGACGAAAAUAGCAGUUAAGAGAACGGAAGCGGGCCCCGUUUGUAACAAAGCGUCGAACGAAUUUCGGACGGAAAUUUCCGUCCUUUCGGAGGUGAGGCACCGCCACCUGGUGUCGCUUUUGGGAUAUUCCGUUGGAGGAAAUGAGAUGCUUUUGGUUUACGAGUAUAUGUCGCAGGGUGCUUUGAGCAGGCAUCUUUUCCAUUGGAGGAGAUUGAAUUUGGAGCCGUUGGAUUGGGAGAAGCGGGUUUGUAUUGCUCUUGAUGUGGCUAGAGGGGUGGAGUAUCUUCACAAUUUGGGGCACCAAACUUUCAUACACCGGGAUUUGAAAUCGGCGAAUAUUCUUCUUGAUGAUGAUUUCCGGGCGAAGGUUUCGGAUUUCGGGUUGGUUAAAUUGGCUCUUGAUAGUGAGAGAUCUGUUGCUACUCGAUUGGCCGGGACUUUCGGUUACCUUUCUCCUGAAUAUGCUGUGACGGGGAAAAUUACGACGAAGGUGGAUGUUUUCAGCUUCGGAGUGGUACUGCUGGAACUCUUGACGGGACUAGCGGCGCUCGACGAACGCCGUUCCGAAGAAAAACGGUACUUGGCGGAGUGGUUUUGGGGGAUCAAAUCCAACCGCGGGGCCCUCAUUGAUUCCGUGGACCCCGCUCUUGAUGCGAAAGAAGAUGUCCACGAGAGCAUCUACGUCGUUGCUGAGCUGGCAGGGCACUGCACCGCGCGGGACCCGAGCAACCGGCCCGAUAUGGGGCAUGCGGUGAAUGUACUAACUCGGUUGGUCGAGAAAUGGAAACCCUACGAAGAAACGGAACGGUUUUGUGAUGAUGAUGUCAUUGGUGACACGUCGUUGGGGCUUCCUCAGCUGUUGAAGGGGUGGCAGGAAGAAGGCGACACGCGGGAUUUCAGCGGGGCUAGUAAGCCACCUGGAAUGCCCGAUUCUUUCCGUUCGGCUGAUGCUCGUUAGCGAAAACAAACGGAGAUGUAAUUAAUUGGUGAAAGAUACUUGUAUGUAAUGAAAA